CCCGGCGGGGGGUGGUUAAUCGAUAACCAGGGGGAGGGGGCGAUAUAUACCCAGGCCCCGGGGCACUGGCUUCACAGGGACUUCGCAGGACUCCGCCCGCCAUGCCCCACGGUGCCCCCCUCCUCCUGCUGCUUCUGCUUCCCUGGGGCAGUCACUGCACCACAGGCACAGAUGGGCCCAAUCUCUGCCCAGCCCGGAGGGAGGAGCCGGCGGAGGGAACAGGCCAGACCUGCCAGAGGACCUGCACCCAGGACCGCGACUGCUCAGGCCGCAGGCAGUGCCUGUGUGAUGGGGACUGCGGGCUGAGCUGUGUGACACCUAGCCGGACCUGCCCGUGGCCCGUGCAGAUUGACAACGCCGAGCCGCGUUUGGCCCAGGCUUCCCGCAGCUUCGGGGCCCUCAUGGAGGUGACCUGCCAGCCGGGCUUCAGGCUGUCCAAAGGGGAGGGAGCGGCACUGAGCCGAUGCCAAGGGGACAGGAAGUGGAGUCUGCCGGCACCCUGCGAACGGGAUCUGACCCCGGCGUCCUUCUGCGGCCCCCCGCCAGAGACCAGCAAUGGCUUUCACAGCGGCGCCUCCUACAGGGCAGGCGGGGAGGUGCGGUACAAGUGCAAGCGCGGGUACCGGCUGGAGGGCCCCGAGACCAUCCGAUGCCAGGAGAACCAGGAGUGGUCUGGGCCCGCCCCGACCUGCCACCCCGUGUUCUGCCCGCCCCCCGGGGACAUCGCCGGGGGCUACCUGGUGGCGGUGGAGAAGCCUCAGUACCGGGCCGGGGAGCUGGUCUAUUACCUCUGCAAGCGCAGCUACCUGCUGGACGGCUCCAACCGGGUCACCUGCCGGGGCAACGGCACCUGGUCGCCCCGACCCUUCUGCAGAGCACGCUGCGUGGUGCCAGCCCAGCGGAGCCGUGUGCUCUACCAGGGCCGCAAGCUCUGGAUCCAGGAGAUCCCACAAGGGCAGGUCCAGCACGGGGAGAUCGUCACCUUCUACUGCCGGAGCCAGAACCAGACCCAGAGCUGCAGCUACCCGGCCCCCUCACGCUGCUUCGACGGCCUGCUGCCCCUGCCGGCCUGCUACGACGAGCCCACGUGGCUGCAGUACCAGCUCUUCCCCAAGCGGGUGGUGUCCGAGAUCCACCCCUGCUGAGCCCCCCGCAGCCCCCCGACACCCACACACAGCCUGACCGGAUGGACCGCCCACGUGGCAGGGAGGAGCCAGCGGCCAGCAGGGGACCCGUUGGACAAUGGUCCCUUCGGGGGAGGACCAAUCCUGUGAAAGCUCCUCGUGCGAGGGCCCCAGAGUGCAAAGGCUGCUUGUGCAAAGGUCCAGUUGUGUGAGGAGCCCAUCGUGCAAAGGCCCCAUCAUGCACAGACUGCUAUGCCAGGGCCCCAGCGUGUGAGUUCUCAUCGUGCAAAGGCCCCGUUGUGCAAAGGACCCAUCGUGCGAGAGCCUCAUCAUGCACAGGCUGCAGUGCCAAAGACCCAUCGUGAGACGGUCCCAUCGUGCGAGGUUCCGUCAUGCAAAGUUUCCGUCGUGGAAAGGUCCCGUCAGUACCAGGGCCCCAUUAUGCUGGGCGUGAAAGAGCUGGGGGGGAGGGAUAGUGGUAGGGGGCUUCCCUGCCCCCAUUCAGUGCAUUCCAGCCAGCAGGGGAAUCCAGUCCUGGCUUUAGAGCCCAUCUCUGACCCCAAUAGAAACUGGGGGGGGCUGGCAGGCCAUUCCUGGGGGGAGGAUAGAAAAUCCAGGCAACUCCAUUCCAGCUGGCGGUGGGAUCCAGUGCCGGGUUUUCCCUCCCCUCCUCUCCCCCGCAUAGGACGGGCUGGGGAAUCUAGUCGAGUCCAUUCAGCAGCCAGGACAAUCCAGUGCCGGGUUUUCUCCUCCAUGUGGCCUCAGUGAAAUCCCGGCCUGGAUUUUCACACCUGGAGUGGACUCCGAGCCCAUCUCUGUGGCAGGAGGUGGGGGGGCCGAGCUGCGGCCGUCUCUGCUCUCUGGAGAGGGAAGGGGGCAGGCCGGGGGCUGUAUGUUCACUUGUAUUUAUUGGCUGUGAGGUUGCCAUUUUUAGUAGAGAAAUAAAACAAAGCAAGAUGCUGAAAUCUCUCCCAGAAUCCUCCGGGGCCUGGACUGGGGUGGGGAGGGAAAUGCCUCACUAAUGGAUGAUCUUGGGGUUCGCCAGAAGAACUCCCUGCUAUGGGAUAAUAUCAGAGUCACCCAGGGACAUCCCUGCUACGGCAUAUCAGGGUUCACCCUGGGGGAAUUCCCCAUAUAGGAUAAUAUGAGAGGUCACCUGGGGAACUCCCUGCUACAGGAUAAUAGCACAGGUCACCUUGGGAACUCCGCAUUAUGGGAUAUAUCAGGGUACUUGGUGGUACCCCUCUGAUAUCAGGGUUCACCCAGGGAAUCCCCCCCAGAGGGUAACAGUUUUCAUUCUCAGGGGCCCCCCUGGAUAAUAUCAGUUCACCCAGGAUCUCCCUGCUAUGGGAUAAUAUUUGGGGGUUCACCAGGGGACCCCCUGCCCUGUGGGAUAAUAUUGGGGUUCACUCAGGGGGACCCCUCUGGGCUCAUAUCAGGGUUCACCAGGUGAAAUCUCCCUGCUAUGGGAAAAUAUCUGGGUUGAACACAGGGAAUUAUCCCUUGUAAGCUCAUUUUGAGGUUCAGCCAGGGGAACUCUCCCUUGACAGAUAAUUUCAGGGUUCAGCUGGGAAGCUCCCUGCUGCAAGGGGUCCCCCUUUUCCCUCCUCCCCAGUGCUUCUG